AUGGCCGGGCCAGGGGCCUCGCUGUAUUUCUGGGGGUGGCUGUUGCUCGGCUGCUGCAUUCUCGCCGGAGCCCAGCUGGAUUCUGAUGGCACCAUCACUAUAGAGGAGCAGAUUGUCCUUGUGCUGAAAGCUAAAGUACAGUGUGAACGCAACAUCACAGCCCAGCUCCAGGAAGGAGAAGGAAACUGUUUUCCAGAAUGGGAUGGACUCAUCUGUUGGCCUAGAGGAACGGUGGGGAAAAUGUUGGCUGUCCCGUGUCCUCCUUAUAUUUACGACUUCAAUCACAAAGGAGUUGCUUUCCGACACUGUAACCCCAAUGGAACAUGGGAUUUUAUGCACAGUUUAAAUAAAACAUGGUCUAAUUAUUCAGACUGCCUUCGCUUUCUGCAACCAGAUAUCAACAUAGGAAAGCAAGAGUUCUUUGAACGCCUCUUUGUCAUGUACACUAUCGGAUACUCUGUCUCCUUUGCAUCCCUGGCCGUGGCUAUUCUCAUCAUUGGUUACUUCAGACGACUGCAUUGUACUAGGAACUAUAUCCACAUGCAUUUAUUUGUGUCUUUCAUGCUGAGGGCUGCGAGCAUCUUUGUCAAGGACAGAGUGGUCCAUGCUCACACAGGAGGAAAGGAGCUGCGGUCCCUGAUAUUGAAGGAUAACCUACAAAGCUCCAUAGACGUGCCUGCUGUGGACAAAUCACAAUAUAUUGGGUGCAAGAUGGCUGUUGUGAUGUUUAUUUACUUCUUGGCUACAAACUACUAUUGGAUUUUGGUGGAAGGUCUCUAUCUGCAUAGUUUAAUCUUUGUGGCAUUCUUUUCGGACACCAAGUGCCUGUGGGGCUUCACCCUGAUAGGCUGGGGGUUCCCGGCGGCAUUUGUGACAGUCUGGGCUGUAGCACGAGCAACUCUGGCUGAUGCAAGAUGCUGGGAACUUAGUGCUGGAGACAUCAAGUGGAUUUACCAAGCCCCAAUAUUAGCUGCUAUUGGGCUGAAUUUUAUCCUGUUUCUGAAUACCGUUAGAGUUCUGGCUACUAAAAUCUGGGAGACCAAUGUGGUUGGGCAUGACACGAGAAAACAAUACAGGAAACUCGCCAAAUCCACACUGGUGCUGGUGAUGGUCUUUGGUGUACAUUACAUCGUGUUCGUGUGUCUGCCCCAUUCCUUUGCGGGGCUGGGGUGGGAGAUUCGGAUGCACUGUGAGCUCUUUUUCAACUCCUUUCAGGGUUUCUUUGUGUCUAUCAUCUACUGCUAUUGCAAUGGAGAGGUUCAGUCUGAGGUGAAGAAGUUAUGGAGUCGGUGGACUCUCUCCGUGGACUGGAAAAGGACGCCCCCGUGCGGCGGCCACAGAUACGGCUCCGUGCUCACCACGUUGACGCACAGCACCAGCAGCCAGUCGCAGAUGGCGGCCAGCGCGCGCAUGGUGCUCAUCUCAGGCAAAGCCUCCAAGAAGGCCAGCCGACAGCCCGACAGCCACGUGACUUUACCUGGCUACGUCUGGAGUAACUCGGAGCAGGACUGCCUACCACAACUUGGUCUCCAUGAAGAGUCCAAGGAAAGUGGCGGGAGGCAGGGAGAUGAGAUUCUAAUGGAGGAGUCUUCCAGACCGUUAGAAUUUAACACAGGCCUGGAAGGAAGCAAAGGAGAAACCGAGGAUGAUCUGUGA